UUCUCAGCCGGUCUAGUUGGUGUAUUUCUGUGUCAGGAGUCACUGGUCGGCGCUGUGUUUGAGUACUUCCAUAAGUUAGCAUUUUGCUAACUCCGCUAUGGACAAUGUCCCCAGUCUUUGCUCCUCAGUCGCUCCUGAAGAAAAUGGACCAGAGACCUGCGACAGCUCCUCGAUGGAAGACGGACUAGUCGACGCUUUUGGAGACCUGGCUGCCCUCCCGGUCGAGGUUGGCGAGAGAAGACCGACGUGUUUACGGUGCCGUCGCCCUCAGAAGGUGUGUCUCUGUCCUUUUCUUCCACCACAACCCCUGGAGGUCUCCACAUGUCUGUACGUAGUGCAGCAUCCCGCAGAGGAGAGCAGAGUACUUCGCACAGUGCCUUUACUUGCUGCUUGUUUGCCUCAAGGAAAAUGCAAUGUCAUAGUUGGAAGAAGAUUCAAUGAGGAAAAGCACCCAGAGCUGGCUGCAGUGUGUCGCGACAGCAGGACACUGAUCUUGUACCCGGGCCCCAAAUCCCAGAACCUGGAGGAAUUGGUGAAAUACCAAGAAGUAGGCACUGUAAAGCAUAACGUCAUCAUCAUAGAUGGCACGUGGAGCCAGGCUAAAAACAUGUUCCUCAAAAACAGCCUGUUCCACCUCCCUAAACAGGUGCAGCUUAACAGGACUCUGUCCAGUCAGUAUGUGAUCCGCACACAACCCUCCAACAUCUGUCUGUCCACGCUGGAAUGUGCUGCUGUCGCCCUCUCCAUCCUGGAGCAGAAUGAUGACAUACAAGAGGUCCUGCUGAGGCCCCUGAAAGCCCUGUGCUCCUUCCAGCUGCAGCACGGUGCUCAGAUUCAUCACAGCAAAGAGCAUCUACUAAAGAACGGCAUGUACGACAAACCCAUGCCCAAGAACAAACGCAAGAUAAAGAGGAUGGAGAAACUUGUCACUGACCACAAUAUCUGCCCCAGAUGAAGGAGGAGCUGAGCAGAGAAAAGAGGCUCUCUUUAUGAACUGCACAGGACUGUAUCAUCAGCGUGUAGCAGCUUCAGGGUAUGGGCAUGGUAACCACUGGACUUUUUUGGGAUUUUCUUUCUUCCUUUUUGUUUUGUUUUUUUUUUUUUUAGGUAAUUGCUAGAAGCUGGUAAAUUUAAUUUAUGUAUUUGUUAUUAAUUUUAAAUAAAUUAAUUACAAUUUAAAGCUCUAGUUGAGAUGUCAUAUUGUGACAAUAAAUCAGGUUUCUGAUUGUCAUGGUUUUAAAAACAGUUUACAUAUUUCUCUCUUCCAUUUUCUAAACACUAUGGUGGCUGUGUUAUAAUUGACUGUAUGUAGCUGCAGCUGGUCAAAUCUGGAAGGGCUGAUUUCACUGAUGUUCUCAUUCAGAUAGAUUACAAACAAUAAAAUAUUCUAAUAAGAACACACUAACACCAAGGUGAUUUUACAUGAAACUACCAAAGACACAUUACACAGUGAGACACAGUGAGAAAAAUAGUAAUUAUAGUAAUUUAAAAUUGUAUUACACUGUGUAUAUAAGGCUCAAAGGCAUUUUUAAAUAUGCAGCAAGGUCUUAAAGAAGCAAAAACAAUGAAUUCAGUUUUCUCAAUAAGGUACACAAAGGUCUUACAUUUAGUUUAUAAAAGUUCUAAUUAUCUUCUCUUGCCUGCUGAUUUUAGCAGAAGAAUUAAAUGAGCUCAAUUUAAUUAAGUGUAUCAUCAAGAAUUAUUGUUUUAAACUGACAGGAGGUGCUAAAAAAUGAGAUGAUAAUAAAUUAUUUUAAACCAUAUUGUCCCUACUGGUUUUCCACUAUUCUUCUAUACUUUGACCAGUGUGACUAUAAAACAGAUAAGAAAUUGCAGUCUGUGACAUUAAAAGGUCCUUAAAAAGUCUUAAGUUUAUUUUUUGUAUACCCUGCAGAAGCCCUGAGUAAGAACAGUGAAGCUGAAUUGUUUUUUAAAUACAUGUCAUAAUUGUACUUAAAGGUCUAUUGGAAUUUUUAAGAGUUAUCAUAUUGAGCAAAUCUGCCUGCAGGUCUUCUAUGCCAUAACAAACAUUCAACAUUUCAUAAUGUGUAAGCCUAAACUUUGUUUAUGUGUUGAAUUGCACUUUAGCCCUUUGUCAUAUUAGCUAAAAGUGAUCAGUCAUAUAAAGAAUAAUUAAACACUGCUGGGCCAGCUAAAUGAAGAUUUCAAACAGCAGACAGUGGUAAAAUGAGAGUUUACUUCUACUAUUUUCACACAUUGAUAUAAUAGCUUGGAUUGAUUUACAGUGUAUAGAAAGCAAAUGCACAUGCCAUUGGAUACAAAAUGUGAUGAUGUAGAGUCAAACUGCUCCAUUUUUAACUGCAGUGCAGGUUUGAUAAAUUAAUGUCAUACCUCAAAUUAUUUCUAAUGCUUUCAAGAAGGGGAAAAUGUAUUGUUUGUGCGUGUAAUAAUAAACAUUGAAUACCUACAGCA